AUGUGUAGCACAUAAACGAUUAUUUACAAUCAGACAUAAUCGGUAAAUAUUUGAAAUUUGAAUCGUAAAACGUAAAUGGUAAUCCGAUAUUAAUUGUACGCUAAUAUUUCUAUUAGCUCGACUAUGAACGGUCCACCGAAGUCGGCAAUAAGGUGGUUGCGUUUCGUUAUCAAAUCAACGGGACUUAAAGGUCAACAGGUUCAUUGAUUGUUUACUGCAGUCAAUAUCCCGUCUGUAUGGUAGUCUAUUUUUGCACUUGCUUUGUAACUUUCGGGCUUAUCGAAAUCCUGGUUUCUCCGGUGAGACGUUCCUCGAAAUAGAACAAUAGUGUUCUGUCAAUAGUCUUAAACUGGAAUCGCUGUCAGUCUAUUUUCACCGAAUGUUGCCGAACGUUGUAGGCUGUGCAAAAAUGGAAACCUACAAGUGCUCCCUGUCCGUGGUGGACGUUUAUGACAUAGCUCAGGACAUUGGUCGAGAGUUUGAAUCUAUGAUGGACGCCUACGGUACAGAUGCCAUAACGGGACUGAUGCCGAAGGUAGUAAACGCUCUGGAACAAUUGGAGAUGUUGGCCAUGAAGAAUGAGCGUGAAAACACAACUGUCGACGACUUACGUGCUACUAUACAACAACUGGAAAUGGACAAACAGGAACGAGCUGAAGAAAAACUCAGAUACGAACAGGAGAUGGAACAAAUUGAAGAAAAGUGGCGAGAGGACUAUAAUGAAAUGUUAACCACUGUUUCAAGAUUGCAAGACGAUAACCGUAAACUGACUGAGUCCUUACAAGCUGCAAAAAAAGACAAAAUUGUUGAAACUAGAUCACAAGUUUUGAGUCCUGAUCUUGAUACUGUAGCACUUCAGCGCCUCCGUAACACUGUAGACCAAAUGAGAGAUACUGUUAGAAAACAUGAACACGAAUUGAAUUCAAAAAGCAAUGAAAUCGAUUCUCUUACUAUUCAAACUGAAAGGCUGCAAACUACUUUAAAAGAGCUGCGACGUAAACAUCGUUUUACUCAAACUCAGUGUCGCAGUUUAGUUGAAGAAAGAGCCGAUAUUCUUGCUCAGUUACAGUCACAACAAAGAGAAUUCAUAUCAUUAAGACAAAGAUAUGGCAUGGCUCAAAAAGAAAACGAGGAUCUCUCUAAGUACAGAGAUGAUAUGCCCGAUUUAAAAAACAAAGCCAUAUAUGAUUUAGACGACCCUGAUAGACCCAAAUUUACUACAAAUGAACUUAAAGAUAUAUUGACUGAACGUAAUAACUUGAAAACCCGUGUCAACGAAUUAGAAGACGAACUCCAACAGUAUAGACCAAUGGAACAAAUGGGAGCAUCCCAGACAAGAGAUGAAAUCCAAGAAACGCGGAUACGAAGAAUUCUGUUACGACAAUGGAACAGAAUGGACCGAAAAACUAUUUUCCCCAUUUCAGGCGUUGAAGAAGACACGCAAGUGUCAAGCAUCGCCUCUGAAAACUCGUCCGACAUAACAACAUCACCUUGCAGGUCCGACGACGAGCAGGAAGAGGGACCUGUUCAAGGACCUUUACCCCUCGAACCCGACGAUGCACCAUGGAAACGAUCAGAAUCGGGUAUUCGUAAAUUUUUUCGUAAAAUGUUUGGCGAGACGAGCAGUAUGUCAUUUCCUAAGACUAGCCCUAAACACUCUAAGUUAUCGUUACCCAAAAUGGCUGUAUCCUUUGGCAGUUCGUCUAUUUUGGGACCACCUGAAGUAUGAUAAGUGCUAACCACUGAUCUCAAAAUCGUAUAACAUAUUUUUUAGUUUUCGACAAGUAUUCUAAGUAUUUUCAUUAUAGUUUUUUAUGAGGAUUGAAUGAUGAACAUAUAAAUUAAUUUUUCAUAUUUUUGAAGACUUGAGAUUAUUAUUAUUAUUAUUUUUUUGUUUAUAAAUUAUUAUUACUAUUUCAAUGUUUUCGUGUUUAUUUAAAUUAUUAUUUUUAUUAUUAUUUUUUAUUGCAUUAUCUAAAAUUUGGCAGGGGUAUAGCUCGUGUGCAUAUUUAUUAUAUAUAUUUUCAUCAUAUUGAGUUCUAUGUAAUUGCUUACGAAAUCAUUAUAUACAUAUUAUAUCGAUUGUAAUAUUAUCAUCAACAAAAUACUGUAGCGUCCAGUUUCUAAUUAGUAUAUAAUGUUGGCGCACUGAGUAAAAUUAUAAUUUAUGUAUAAAUGUGUGCCAUAAUAUUUAUUAUGAGUCAACGAGUCUGUUUCAUUGAAGAAAAUAUAUUAUUAAAUGCGUUACUGCGAUUUUUUUGUUUAAAAAUUUACAUUAAAACAAUUAUUGACAUAUUGCAAAAAAAAAAUGUUAUUGUUUAACUAACUUUUGUGAUAUCAUAAAGUUAAAAAAUCCCAUGAUAA